AAAAAGUGCGCUGUCUGGGAAAUGUCUGAACUGAACGGAAAAGACGAAGACAUGUAAGUGUACAAAGUGCACCAAAGUACAGACGCAUAGCUCCUGGCAAGAAACCCAAAGAAACAAUCACCAAAGCUCAGACUACAUUAUAAUUGGCCAGCAAAAGGGAAGUAAUCUCCGUGGCAUUAGAGAAAGGUAAAAUAAUGAGUAUUGUCCCUUUCGAGUUUUUGUUCCUGACACCCUACACACCAUCAUGUCAGACGUGCUAUCUACUGGAUAAAGUGUUUUUCAGAACUGCAUUGAAAUAUCCUGAAGAAUCCAAAUGCAGUAGUCAGGACUUUAUAGUGGAACUUUGGACCGAUCUUUUCCACAAGGAGAACAACGAAGGGGAGUGGCACGAGGUGCCGAUGACCUUCCAGUCCAGUGAGAAGCUGGUCGACGCUCACCAAGUAGUGUCCUACUACGGCGUGGACUUACUGGUCACCUGCUUGGGCAAGUACAAGUUCACCUACAGGGCCAAGCAUAGAAAGGACAAUGACUACCAGUGGGCAGCUUGGUUUAACGUCAACGGAUGUUUGGAGGUACGUCGACAGACAAAUCAUUUGACAACUUUCAUCCAGGUCCCAGAAGUUUCGCAAGUGACUCACAACAUCUACAUCGGGAACUUCACUGCGGCUCAAGAAGCACACCUGAACGGCUUUGAUGGACUUCUCAACGUGUCGGACGAGGCCCAGGUGUACGCUAAGCAGCUCUCCAGGCCCAUCAUCUUAAAAAAGCUGCCCAUUGCGUUUGGUGCCAAUGUGGUCAUAAGUGAAACUCACCUUUUGGAAGCCGUCUUUUGGCUGCGGGCAAUGAGCGAUCUGUGCAACAAAAUCAUGGUGGCUAGCAGGGACGGACAUGGGAGGGCCGGCUCGAUUCUGAUCGCCUUCAUCUUCGCCAUGAACCCCAACUUGUCCUUCGAGGAGGCCUACCGCUUCGUUAAUGACCGCCACUUUGUCUACCCCCAUCGUGGUCUCAGGUCCGCCCUUGAGCGGCUAUAUGUCCGAGAAUAGUCACUCCUGUUUCCCUUCAAACCUAUACAGAUGUCUCAUGUUUUAUUUUCCUAAGGUUUUAUAAAAAUGAAUUAUACAUUACUCGCAACAGCUA